GUAGAGAGAGAAAGUAAUGGAAUUUGAGAGAGUAGAUGAGGAAGUAAUGAACGUGACCAUCCACUUCCAAACCCAUGGCCCCAUCUAUAUAAACCUCCUUCUUUCCUCAUUCCCCAUUUUUUUCCUUCCGCCACCAAACCCAUUUCUCUCUCUAUUCUCUCUCUCUCUCUCUCUCAUCGCCACCGAUUCCACCAUGUCCGACGAGGAAUGGGUCGACGUUGCCCUCUCCGAUGACUCUCUCGUCGUCGACUUACUUCUUCGCCUCAACCGUCCUCCCUCUCCGCCGCUCCCUCUCGAAUGGUCCGUUCGUCAGCCUCGCUCUAAGCCGAUUCUUCCUCGCCACGCCUCCGAUUCUGCACUCAAAAACUCCGAUUCCGCCGCCAGAGCCAGUCCGACCACUCCACUCACUUGGAGCAGCGGCGGAUUCGUCGACGCAUCCGACGCCGCAAGAUCUAAGAUUGCUGGUAAGAGUGAAGUAGUUGCAACAGUGAAGAGGCCUAGAAAGAAAAAAACACUAGGAGAACUUAAAGAGGAAGAAGUUUUGCUAUUAAAGGAAAGGAGAAGCUUGAAAGAUGCCUUGGCUACCUUGAGGCUCUCUGUGGAAAAACAAAGAGCUAUGAAUGGAAGCUUGAAGAAAAUGAAGCUUGAUCUCGAGUCACAGCAAGCGAUCGAAACGAUUGUAACAUCUGCUGUUCUGGAGGAGGCAAAUUCCGACCAACCUCAACUACAGAUGCCACCAAGAUCUAUAUGCAACACUACAGCCAUCGGUGUCGCUGCUUUCGGUUGCAAUGACGUCGAUGCUUCUUACCAAUUAACACUGCCAAAUGUUUCUUGCAAACUACAGGAGAUUGGAACUUUAGGGACCGUUCGUUUAUUACCUGAUCUCAAUUUGCCUUUUCAGGAGGAUUCUGGCACCGAGGCCCUAUACCGAAUGAGCUAGGCAGAUUCAACGGUAACGAGCAAAUAUUAAGCUUCUUUAACCGAGGGACAAAGAUCGAUGACGACGACUACGACAACAUUUGCUACUUAAUAAGAUGUUGUUCCUUAAUCCUAACCCUGUCAUAGGCUUGAGUUACUUGUAACUGUAAUUACAAAAACCAAUUUUCUCAGCUACAUAUUCAUAUAACUUCCUUUUUCUCCCUUUCCAUAGUACCUGAAAAAAUCGAGAUCAGGACCAUGUCGAGACCCUGAAAAAGCCUUUAGCUCUUUAGUUAUAUUAUUCAUUCACAGGUUUCUGCAUCUGCUAAUAUUCUUUGGAGCCAACCCUCCCCCUCUCCUUCUCCCUCAUCUCACACUCAAAAGAGAUUGAUUACAAACACUGUAAUUAUUAUUGGAUAAAUGCAAACAAAAUUCUAUGUUCUCCA